AUAGUCCCCAAGAUGCUGGUGAGCAUCCAGACAGAGAACAAGGCCAUUUCCUACAUGAGCUGCCUCACUCAGAAUACACACCAGCUGCAUGGACGCAGAAAACCACACAGCAGUGUCCGAAUUCCUCCUCCUGGGUCUCUUGGAUGAUCCUAAACUGCAGCCCCUCUUCUGUGGAGUGUUUCUGUCCAUGUACCUGGUCACUGUGCUGGGAAACCUGCUCAUCAUGCUGGCCAUCAGCUCUGACUCCCGCCUCCACACCCCCAUGUACUUCUUCUUGUCCAACCUGUCCUUUGUUGACAUCUGCUUCACCUCCACCACCGUCCCAAAGAUGCUGGUGAACAUCCAGGCACAGAGCAAAGCCAUCUCCUACAUUGGGUGCCUCACUCAGGUGUAUUUUUUUACAGUUUUUGCUGGAAUGGACAACUUUCUCCUGACCCUGAUGGCCUAUGACCGGUAUGUGGCCAUCUGCCACCCCCUGCACUACACAGUCAUCAUGAACCCCCGGCUCUGUGGCUCCCUGGUUCUGAUGUCUUGGUUCAUAAUUUUCUGGGUCUCCCUGGUUCAUAUUCUACUAAUGAGGUGGCUAACCUUCAGUAUAGACACUGAAAUUCCACAUUUUUUCUGUGAACUGGCUCAGAUUCUCAAGGUGGCCUGCUCUGACACACUCAUCAAUAACAUCUUCUUGUAUGUGACUACUUCUCUACUGGGUGUGUUUCCUCUCACUGGGAUUCUCUUUUCUUACUGUAAGAUUGUCUCCUCUUUAAUGAGAAUGUCCUCUGCAGUGGGAAAAUAUAAAGCAUUUUCCACCUGUGGGUCUCACCUCUCCGUGGUCUCCUUGUUCUAUGGGACAGGCCUGGGGGUCUACCUCAGCUCUGCUCUGACCCAUUCUACCCUACAAAACUCAGUUGCCUCAGUUGUGUACACUGUGGUCACCCCCAUGCUGAACCCCUUCAUCUACAGCCUGAGGAACAAGGAUGUGAAGGGGGCGUUGGGAAGGCUCCUCAACCGAGCAGCUUCUUGUCCAUGAUGGAUCACUGGCCUCAGAACUAAGUGUACACUGUGGGCCCCAAAGGUGAAUGUUGCUAAUUUAAGUAUGCGGUUCCUUUUCUCCCAUAAAAGACAGGCUUGAUUUCUUCUAUUUCCACAUAUCAUUUCUCUUUGUUUGUAUUUGUAUUUGUUUCUUCUCAGCUACUUCCUCUGAAAUUCCUUUUUGACUUUUCUUCCCUAGAUGCUGUCCACAGUGUUCCAUGUUUGGCCAGCGUUCUUGAGCUAUUGUUAAGGUUUGUAACUUUAAAUUUAAAGCACUUAUCGUAUCAAGUGCUGAUUUAGUUUCCCAAAAUGUUGUCCUCAUACCUUCCUCAUCUUCACCUUAAUUUUGUUGUAUGCUUAUUUUUUUCCAGAAGAGUGGAAUAAAAAUCAUACAGUAAUCAGAAGAAAGUGUUUAAAAUAUCAGGACUCUACUUGUUUCUUCUCAUGAGUGACUUAAUUUCAUCUUAAAAACAUUUAUUUGAGAUAUUUCCUCUCAUUCACUUCACUUUUCAAAAGAAGAGGCUGAGAUUGAGUUGGACUAUAGCCAAGCAAGCUGAAUUUGCUCUCCUACCUUUCACAAGAACAGUGAUGUGAUUUUCAGCUUCAAUCUAGAUUUGAAAGAUGGUUCCUUCAGAUGACCUACAGGAAUUUACUCCCUCAGAAACUGAGAUGUGUCAUGCUUUGUGAUCCUUUCCCCAUCCAUCUUCCUUCCUUUCCUUUUUAAUUUCACAUACAUUUCCCGUUAUUGCAAUUUUGAGAUAUACCCGCUAAGAUUCAAAACCAUGUAAUAAUGAAUACAGUAGAAUAAGACUUCUUUUCUCACAUUAUUUAAUUUUUUUCUGGAACUCUGUGGUGGUACAUCAAGAAUAAUGGUGACACAUUUGUGGAACAUGUUUAGAACUUAAUUCACUUUGGGGGAAGCAGUAAUCAAAAACCUCCCAACAAACGAAAGUCCUAGUCCAACUGACUUCACAGGUGAAUUUUACCAAACAUUCAAAGAAGAACUAACACCUAUCUUUUUCAAACUAUUCCAAAAGAUGCAAGAAGAGGGAAGGUUUUCAAGCUCAUUUUAUGAAAUGAACAUUAUCUUAAUUCCAAAACCAGAUAAAGACAA